GGUAUAUCUCGUUUUUGGUGAGUGAUGUGCCAGUCUUAGAUAGUUAUUUUAUUCAAUUCAGAAUAAUUUUAAAAGAUAAUAUAAAGUCUAUGAAACAUAACAAUUAAUCGAUAAUAAAUUAAAUCUUGAUCCACUCCGAAGCUUCUUUUUAAGUGACGGUUUCAAUAUAACCUAGCAACAUGGCUAUGUCAAAAUCUACAAAUACUUACAAUCGACAAAAUUGGGAAGAUUCCGACUUUCCUAUUUUAUGUCAGACAUGUCUUGGAGACAAUCCUUAUAUUCGUAUGACAAAAGAAAAAUAUGGAAAAGAAUGUAAAAUUUGUAUUAGACCAUUUACUGUCUUUCGUUGGUGUCCAGGUGCUAGAAUGCGUUUUAAAAAAACAGAAAUUUGUCAAACAUGCUCAAAACUUAAAAAUGUUUGUCAAACAUGUCUCCUAGAUUUAGAAUAUGGUUUACCUAUUCAAGUUCGAGAUGCUGCUUUAAAAAUACAGGAUGAUCUACCUCGGAAUGAAGUUAAUAAGGAGUAUUAUAUACAGAACUUAGAUAGCGAAAUGGCUAAGUUUGAUCCAACUCAACCAAGCAAUUCCUCUCUAAAAACAAAAGGGUCUUCAGACUUACUGUUACGCCUGGCAAGAACUGCACCAUAUUAUAAAAGGAAUAGACCACAUGUGUGUUCAUUUUGGGUUAAGGGUGAAUGCCGCAGAGGUGAAGAAUGUCCCUAUAGACAUGAAAAGCCAACUGAUCCUGAUGAUCCCUUAGCUGAUCAAAAUAUUAAGGACAGAUACUAUGGUGUAAAUGAUCCUGUGGCUGAGAAGCUUAUGCGGCGUGCAGCAGCAAUGCCUGCAUUACCACCACCAGAAGACAGGACGGUGACAACUCUGUACAUAGGGAAUUUGCCUGAGAAUAUCACAGAAGAUGAACUGAGAGGACAUUUCUAUCAAUAUGGUGAAAUAAGGCAACUGACCUUAGUUCCAAGGGCACAAUGUGCCUUUGUGCAGUAUACAACAAGGAGUGCAGCUGAGCAUGCUGCAGAUAAGACAUUCAAUAGAUUGGUGAUAGGAGGCAAGAGACUCACAAUAAAAUGGGGCAAAUCUCAAGGCCGUCAAGGAAAUAAUGAUAAGAGUGAAAUGGCGCCCCCACUAGAGCCCGUUCCUGGUUUGCCUGGAACUCUACCUCCACCGCCGGCUUAUUUACACCCAUUCCCACCUCAGAUGCCACCUCCAAACCGUCCCAAUGACUUCUUCAAUCUGCACCACUAUGGUGGGCCUUGGGGUGGUUGGGGUGGACCUCCACUCCCCCCAGGUCCGCCGGGCAUGCCCCCUGGGCCCCCAGGUAUGCCACCUGGAAUGCCGCCUGGUCCACCUGGCAUGCCGCCGGGACCACCCGGAAUGCCACCAGGUCCACCUGGCCCACCGCCAGGUCCACCCUUGGCUUUGCAUUAUCCCAGCCAAGAUCCAGCGCGUUUAGGUGCCCAUGCGCACGCAUCUGCCCCACAAACUUAAUUUGUAGCUAUGUGUAAUAGAAUUAAAUAUGACUCUUAGAUUUAAGUCUUAAUUUUUUUAAUUGAGUAGAUGAUGGACAUUUUGAAAUAUCACAAUGUAAGUAUCAAAAUACUAAAUCUAAUGUAUGCAUUUUUGUACAGUGCUACGAUAUAACUUUGUAACAUAAUGUCUGUGUAUUUUGAAAUAAGGUAUAGAAAUAUAUAAAUUUUCAAAAAUG